AUGUGGGACAAUCUAGUGUAGUCCAACUCGCCUCAUUGACAAACCCAACAGCCCAUAAACAAGCUUGUCUGUAUUCAUUCCAAACCCAGCUGGCAAGACCAUUUCACGUGCCUCCUGUCAACCCCUCUCUAUUCCCGUCCACUCCCUUCAACAGUUGCUGAAAUAUCUCGUGUCCCUCCUCUUCUUCCCAUAAAUAUAUACGCUCAUAAUCAUUUCUGUCUCUCUCUCCUUCCCUCUCCGCCAUUAUCAAAUAAUCCCGCCGAGAGAGAUCGGAUCGAGAGGGGAUAUCAGCAAUGAGAGAAAUCCUGCACAUUCAGGGAGGCCAAUGCGGCAACCAGAUUGGCUCCAAGUUCUGGGAAGUCAUCUGUGACGAGCACGGCGUUGAUCCGACCGGCCGCUACAAGGGAGAAGAAGGAAGCGCUGCCGCGGAUCUCCACCUCGAGCGCAUUAAUGUUUAUUUCAAUGAGGCUACCGGAGGCCGUUACGUUCCUCGCGCCGUCCUUAUGGAUCUCGAACCAGGAACUAUGGACAGUAUCAGAUCUGGACCGUAUGGCCAGAUCUUCAGGCCAGACAACUUCGUCUUUGGGCAGUCUGGUGCAGGUAACAAUUGGGCCAAAGGUCAUUAUACCGAAGGAGCUGAGCUGAUUGAUUCCGUUCUCGAUGUUGUUCGAAAGGAAGCCGAGAAUUGCGAUUGUUUGCAAGGUUUCCAGGUUUGUCACUCACUUGGAGGUGGUACCGGGUCAGGCAUGGGAACUCUGUUGAUCUCAAAGAUAAGGGAGGAAUAUCCCGAUAGAAUGAUGCUCACCUUCUCUGUCUUCCCAUCACCAAAGGUCUCUGACACUGUUGUGGAGCCAUACAAUGCCACACUCUCUGUUCAUCAGCUGGUGGAGAAUGCAGAUGAAUGCAUGGUCCUUGACAAUGAAGCACUCUAUGAUAUCUGUUUCAGGACCUUGAAACUAAGCACCCCAAGCUUUGGCGACCUCAACCAUUUGAUCUCUGCUACUAUGAGUGGAGUAACCUGUUGCUUGAGAUUCCCUGGGCAGCUGAACUCUGACCUUAGAAAGCUGGCAGUGAAUCUGAUCCCGUUCCCCCGCCUUCACUUCUUCAUGGUGGGAUUUGCACCACUCACCUCGCGCGGAUCCCAGCAAUACAUCUCCCUCACAGUCCCGGAACUCACCCAACAGAUGUGGGACUCCAAGAACAUGAUGUGUGCUGCCGAUCCACGACACGGGCGUUACUUGACUGCAUCUGCCAUGUUCAGGGGGAAGAUGAGCACGAAGGAGGUUGACGAACAGAUGAUCAACGUCCAGAACAAGAACUCUUCCUACUUCGUCGAGUGGAUCCCAAACAAUGUGAAGUCAAGCGUGUGUGACAUUCCACCUACUGGUUUGAAAAUGUCCUCAACAUUCAUUGGGAACUCAACAUCUAUUCAGGAGAUGUUUAGGAGAGUGAGUGAGCAGUUCACUGCUAUGUUUAGGCGCAAGGCCUUCUUGCAUUGGUACACGGGUGAGGGGAUGGAUGAAAUGGAGUUCACUGAGGCAGAGAGCAAUAUGAAUGAUUUGGUGGCGGAGUAUCAGCAGUACCAAGAUGCCACUGCUGAUGAUGAGGAAGAAGAGUACAACGAGGGAGAGGAUGAGUAUGAAAACUAAGGGUUAAAAAGGCUUUUCAUUUCAUGAAGGCCCCUGGUUAUGUUACAACUGAUAAUGCUCAUUUUAAAUUCUUAUUAUUAUGUCAUUUUCAUUUUCAUUCUAUAACUGAUAAUGCUCUCCUCUUUUGUUGUUUAAAAUCUUUCCUAAGCACCGAAAUAUAUUGGGCUUUUCUUUCUAAAAAGCGGCGCAAAUCCAUCUUGAAUUAUUAUUUCGUCACUUUCUUAAUUUUGAGUUCUGUAUGAUACGGUUGAUACCCACUGUUAUUCAUUGCAUUUCGCGCAACUAUUACAGUAUUACAGAGUAUUACGGUUUUAGAGCUUUGACCAUCUAUUAAAGUAAUUGUGUGCAUUUUCAAUAUCAAAA